UGAAGUGCGAUCAAGUGAAGGCUCAUUUUAAAAGACUGAUAUAUUGUUUUUUUGGGACACGGCCAUGUGCACAAAAAUUGUUAAUAGUCAGUAUUGAAUAAGUGAAAUUAUGUGCUGUGUUUAAAAUUUACCAAUUUGCAUAAGAUGUUCAAAUGUCUGUACAAGAAAGUGAUAUCAGUUCCAACACACAUGACUCCACGGGGUAUAUUACUCGAGGACGUAGUAAUACAUGGAGUAACACAGCUACCAGAUCAAAUUCCGUCAGCCAAGUAACUCGGGUCCCUAGAAGAUCCCUUUGGACCCUGACAGAAGAGCCGACUAGUAAAAUUCGACUUAGGGUAAUCCGUGGCAAAAAUCUUAUGAAAAAAGACAUAUUUGGGGCUAGUGAUCCUUAUGUAAGAAUUGAUUUAAAUACAAUUAAUGGAGAUGAAACAAUUGAUUCUGUUCUUACGAAAACAAAGAAAAAGACGCUUAAUCCAGAAUGGAAUGAAGAAUUUAUAUUUAGGGUAAAACCAGCCGAACAGAAGCUGGUUCUUCAAGUAUUUGAUGAGAAUAGGCUGACUCGAGACGAUUUCCUUGGUAUGGUGGAACUAUCCCUAAUUAACCUACCAAAAGAACAGGAAGGUAGAACUUUACCACCAGCUAAGUAUUUGCUGCGCCCUCGAAGCGAUUUUAGUGCUCGUUCAAGAGUUCGGGGUCAUCUGGAACUCUAUCAUGCUUUCCUUCACGACACUAGUUUGCCGCCGAUAGCUGCUCCCGAAGAACCAGUGAUGGAUGACAGGGAAUGGGAAAUUGUCAGUGAAAGUAGGGAGGAAUCCCCCGCCCAGCCUAUAUUUAUAGCUCCAGAGAACCAAACACCGCUACCACAAGGGUGGGAAGAGAGGCAAGAUGCAAAUGGCAGAACAUAUUACGUCAACCAUAUCGCCAGAACUACGCAGUGGGAGAGGCCAACGUUGAGCAACACUAACUCUGCGAUCAGAGCUGUUGAACGCGAAGAACAGAGGGAGGUAUUUGAGAGAAGGUUCCACAUAAGCGCUGAUGAAGACGCAAAUAAUGGUCAAGGUGACAAUACAAAUAACACAAAUCAGGCAGAUACUCGUGAUACAGACGCUGUCGAGACUACAAACAUACCCGAAAUUCGAAUUGAACAAGAUAUCACCAACGACAAUAACCUCCCAAACAGGAACAGUUUACGAUCUGAUAUAUCCGAUACCGACUAUAAUGCAUCCGCCGAAAGUAACGAGAGCAGUCGCAGGAGUUCAGUAGAUGUGCCGCAUUACCAAUUGAACCCCCAAAAUAUAAAUAGAAAUCGUGGAGGUAGUAGUGAGGUCGAUUUUAUCGAUAGCAAUUCAGAGAGUGACGAUCAUGUAGACAGCUUAUCUAAUAAUUCAUCUAGAAGAAACUCGACGGUAUCCUCCACAACGAGCAAUAGCAAUUCACAAAAUAACUUGGAGGGCCUCGCGGAUGGUCUACCAUCUGGUUGGAGCAUUCAGAGAGCACCCAAUGGUAGAUUGUUCUUCAUUGAUCACAAUGAGCGGACGACGUCUUGGGUUGACCCCCGAACAGGUAGAGCUAGCCCUAUGCCUAAUCAAGCUGCCACUCCGGUGGUAAAUAAAAGACCCGAUGACGAUCUGGGGCCUCUACCUGAGGGUUGGGAAGAAAGGGUGCAUUCGGAUGGAAGAAUUUUCUUUAUCGACCAUAAUACCAGAACGACACAAUGGGAGGACCCAAGAUUAUCCAAUCCACAGAUUGCUGGGCCUGCAAUUCCAUAUUCCAGGGAUUACAAACGGAAGUACGAAUAUAUGAAAACGCAACUUAGAAAACCAACCAACGUACCAAAUAAAUUUGAAAUCAAAAUUCGCCGUCGAAGUAUUCUUGAAGAUUCUUACAGGGUAAUCACGACAGUUCCAAGAAUAGAGUUACUGAAAACCAAACUCUGGGUUGAAUUUGAAGGUGAGGUGGGACUGGAUUAUGGCGGCCUCGCUAGAGAAUGGUUCUACUUGCUUUCCAAAGAAAUGUUUAACCCUUAUUAUGGAUUGUUUGAAUAUUCAGCAAUGGAUAAUUACACAUUACAAAUAAAUCCAUUUUCUGGAGUAUGCAAUGAAGAGCAUCUAAGUUAUUUUAAAUUCAUAGGGAGAGUAGCAGGGAUGGCAGUUUAUCAUGGAAAAUUAUUAGACGCGUUUUUCAUCAGACCUUUCUAUAAAAUGAUGCUGUCGAAGUCAAUCGAUUUAAAAGACAUGGAAUCGGUUGAUUCGGAAUAUUAUAAAUCUCUUCUGUGGAUCAAGGAAAAUGAUCCCUCUGAUCUGGGUUUAACAUUCUCUGUGGAUGAGGAGUCAUUUGGGCAUACAUCUGUUCACGAACUGAUAGAAGGGGGAGCCGAUGUACCGCUUGAUAACACAAACAAGGAUGAGUAUAUAAAAUGUAUAAUACAGUGGCGCUUUGUCGGGCGAGUGCAAGAACAAAUGAAUGCCUUCUUAGACGGUUUCAGUGAUCUAAUACCUUUAAAUUUAGUUAAAAUAUUCGACGAGAAUGAACUAGAACUGUUAAUGUGUGGUAUUCAACAUAUCGACGUAAAAGAUUGGAAAGGGAACACUUUGUACAAAGGAGAUUAUCAUGCGAAUCACAUUAUCGUUCAGUGGUUUUGGAGGGUUGUUUUAUCAUUCAGCAAUGAAAUGAGAGCCAGACUGCUGCAGUUUGUAACUGGCACUUCAAGAGUUCCCAUGAACGGUUUUAAAGAGUUAUACGGGAGCAAUGGACCACAGCUAUUUACUAUCGAAAAAUGGGGCACCCCUGAUAAUUAUCCCAGAGCCCAUACUUGCUUUAAUCGCCUCGACUUACCACCUUAUGAGAGUUAUCAGCAUUUAAAGGACAAGCUAGUAAAGGCAAUCGAAGGUUCGCAAGGAUUUGCUGGUGUUGACUAGUAUUACGAGUAAUCCUCACGUUAAGGAAUUUUCAUAAAAAUCUGUCCAUUACUUAAGAAUUUUAGCUUCUUUAAAAUCUAUUCAAUAGCAUAUUAUAUAUUUUAUAUCUCUGUAAGUUGUUAUUUUUAUUCUGUAUACUUUGUAAAUAAUAUACAUGUUUUAAAACUUUUACUGUAGUCCACUUUUUAUAGUGCUAAGGAAUAUUAUUGUUAAUAUCUACAAGAAUUUUACCGCUCGUAAAAUUUCUGGGAGUAUAUAAAAUAUACAUACUUGUUGAAAAAGGUAUAUUAUAUUGUUUGGAAAGAAGCAAUAUAAGAUAUAUUCGCAUGCAAAUAAAAUCUCUUGAUGUGCUUCUGGAAACUUUUCUGUAAAAUAAAAUUUAAUCCUUUUUGUUUAUUAAUUUUAAUGUACCUAAUAAGAAAGGCAAACCUUUUAUUAUACGUUAAAUUUCAGUUAAACAUUUUUUAAAUUGCCAUCUUAUUUUUCACUGAAUUUUGCUAGUCUAAAUGGAUGUGUUAAAAAUCAAUACUUAUAUAGUUAGACAAUAUAAUACUGGAUAGCGACGCUCUGUAAAAAUCAUGUCGCCCCUGUUUACGGUGGUUUAUAAAUAAGGGCAACAGAGGUUUUUUUGAAAGAGAGUGAUUGUCGAACUAUGUAAUUAUGUAACAAAAACUUUACAGUAAAAGUAAAUGCAUCUAUUUUAUCGUAAUAUGUAUAAAACUUAUUCGGAUCAUAUUUGUAAUAUUUGCUGUUUUCUAAUUGUAGAUGUUAUAUUUCUCUUACCGUAAAAUAUUACCGCUAAUCGAAAAAUUUAAAUUGGUGUUUUGACAAUUAUUAGCUGUAUAAUUCAAUGAAGUCGACAUACUGUCUUUGCGAGUCUUGUGAGGCUGCUUUUUAACAGUUUGUACAAUUGCGGUCAGUAGUAUAAAGGGAAGUAAAAAAAAUACAUUUUUAUCGUGGUACUUACAAUAAAAUAUAUUUUUAUAAAAUUAAUUUGUAUAUAUUUGUUAAUUUCUCAGAACGUUCUGGUCCAAGUGUUCUUAUUUAAGUGAGGAUAUUUAGGAAUUUUACUAAAUUUAGACAAUAUAUUGUUUAUUCUGUAACAUUUCAUUUUUAACAUUCCAGCUUUGUUUAAUGUUAUAGGUAUUUAAUUAAUAUAAAAUGUAUAAUUUAAAUUAAUAUAUUAUGUGUAUAUAUUAUUUAUCCAGUACCUUUUGCCUUUUGUGCUACAUAUGCUUCAUAUGUAAAGGAUGAAAUAUAUUUUAAUAUAGAUUGUUUAUUAAUAAUUAUUGUAAUAGUAGCCUUUUUAUAGGCCAUUGUAUCAUCACGUAAAAGUGAAUACAUCAUUUUAUUAAA